UCUCACCAGGAGCUCAGAGUACACAUGAGCCCUGUUCCAGACGUGUCUUCUAUCCUUAGUAUUUUGGAACAUUUUCAUGAAACCUACGCCCAUGGAGCCAAUGCGGUUUGCCUCGGUGACAACAGUGUGGUCUGAAAACAGCACGACGUCCCUGCCGGUGGAACCGUCCGAGUCUCCAACCUCUGCAGAAUGGGACAUCCUCCACGCUGUCGUUCCCCCAUACAUCUUCGUCUUAUGCCUGAUAGGUCUUCUCUUUAACGGCUUUGUGCUGGGUGUGUUUGUGGCCAACAAGGAUCGACUGACUGUAGCGGAGAUCUAUCUGAGCAACCUGGCACUGGCUGAUUUUCUUCUCUUGUGCGGCCUCCCUUUCUGGGCAAUGUACAUCCUCAAUGACUUUAACUGGCCAUACGGAGACACCUUAUGCAAACUGGUCAACUCUAUGUUCGUCAUCAAUUUCUACACCAGCAUCUACACCCUAGUCAUGAUUAGCGUUGACCGCUACCUUGCACUUGUGAGGACCAUGAAAGCCAGGUGGCUGAGACGGACACUUUAUGCCAAGGUGGCCUGCUUCAUCCUGUGGAUAUUAGGGCUCCUUCUGAGCACUCCAACUAUGGUUCACAGAAAGUUGAAGUUCUUCGAGGAGUACCAGUCAAUAUCCUGUAUACUGGAUUUCUCUCAUGAUAACUCUUGGAAGUUGGCUCAUCAGAUUCUGAUGAAUAUUCUGGGCUUUGUCCUGCCGAUCCUGGUCAUUGUUUUCUGCAGUGGAAACAUAAUCAAAGCUUUGACUCUGAGGACAGAGAGUGUUGGUUUUCACAACGCUGAUGACAAAAAGGCCACAGCACUGGUGUAUGCUGUAACACUACUGUUCGUACUCUGCUGGGGUCCCUUCCAGAUAUUCACCUUCCUCGAUUCACUCUGCGAUGUCCACGUGUUGGAUGAGACGCUGUGGUUUCACACUCUCGAUAUAGGAAGUCAAGUUUCAGUGUACCUGGCCUUUCUCAACAGUGCCCUUAACCCACUGCUGUAUGUCUUCUCAGGGCAGUAUUUUAGAAGGAAAGUUAACGCCAUCUACAGGAGGAAAAGGCUUCGUCGCAGAGGAUCAGACAUGACCACAUUUCAACGCUCUGUUGUGUCCACUUACAUCAACAGAACAGAGCAAAUUAAGGCUGUGGUUAUUUUUAAUAUAGAAGAUCAGAUGUGACUCUUACUCAUGACAUCCUGUCCUCCACGUCUGUUGCUGCUUAUGGAUAAAGUGAUACUACAAACAGCAUAUGACUCAAAUUUCACAAGAUUUAUAAUGAUAAUGUGGUUGGAUCACUAUCAGAGGAUGUUCAAUACCGUGCUUUGAGGAAACAAUAAUGGAUGUGAUAUGUAUGGGAAAAUAUGUGUGUUUUUAAUCAAACACAAAUCAAAAAAAAAUCAAUGAAAUACAUUUACAUUAAUAAUUCACUUAAUACAGUGGCCUAUAUCUUGGCAUUAAACAAAACAUUUAUCCAGUAGUAACAUACUCCACAUACAGUAGUUAUGGCCUUUUUUUGCAGUAUCAGCAUUUAUUACUUACUAUUUUUUGUGUAUUACUGGAACAAUUUGUAUAAUCGACUCAAUUAAAUACAUGAUUAAGUAAAAUUAACAUUAAUCCUAACUAUAAGGCACAAUGUAAGGCAUACACUUAUUAUGUGUUAAUGGCAUCUGUCAGUUUUGUUUGUAUCUGUAUAUUACAUUUUAUAUUAAUUUGCUCCCCUCUUGACCAGACUCCAUGGAAGAAGAGAUAUUGUAUCUCGGUGGGACCUUCCUGAUAAAAUAAAGGAUAUAAUAAAUGUAAGGCAUACGGUGAAGUUACUAAUAAAUUGUUUUGACAAUUACUA